AUGGCACCGACCAAGACCACGAAGACCAAGCCGCAUGGCCGCACGCGCCUUGCCAGCGACGCGGCACCGCCCAAGCCGUCGCUCAUUAGCACGGAGAGCCUUGCGACGGCCAUUGCGCGCUGCAAGGAAGAGGUCGCCGAGAUCGUCGCCGA